AAUUGGACCUUGCACUUCAAGCACUCGUUGCAUUACUCUUGUGUUGCCGAAAUUCUGAGUGUAGUCUGUAGUGCUUGUGACGGAUUUUGAGUGCGGGACGAGGGUUUGGAGUGGGAUUCCAAGGGUUGAGUGAGUGGUAGGGGAUUUGGGAUGGGGAAGCGCAAGAGCGCGGCGAAGCCGGCGCCCAGGCGCGGGCAGGAGAAGUUGGCGACGGUGUUCAGUUGCCCUUUUUGCAAUCACGACAACAGCGUGGAAUGCCGUAUGGAUCGUAAAUCGCUAAUUGGAGAAGCGUCUUGCCGAAUAUGUUUGGAGACGUUCAGCACUCCUAUUGAUUCGCUGAGUGACCCCAUCGAUGUUUACAGCGACUGGAUUGACGAGUGCGAGCGGAUUAAUGGUGGAGCCGACGCUUGAGAUUCUCAUGCGAGGGCUGUUGGGAUGCUAAGAGCUCUAGCGUUCUCCUCGAGUAGAAUACAGAGAUUUUGUACACUCUAGGAAACUUGAUAGGUAGCCACACUCAUUGAGCCUGAAAAGGAACUUCCUCAUUUGCUUUGUGCUGUUGCCUGUAUAGUCCCUUUGAAAAGAAUCUUUGUUCGAUAGGAUGAGAUUACUACUUCACAGGGAGUAUAAACAAAAAUUCCAAAAAAUCAUAAUCAAAAACAGAAAAAACGAAAAAAACAAGUUUAGAACACAAAGUAAGUGUCCUAGGAGAUUAACUACGUACAUGGGUUUGUAGAUUAUUACGCGGCCGGCCCUCUGCUCGAGCCUCUUCAUUACGCUGCUACUUUCAGAUCUGCAAAUGAGUUACUAGGUUUUUAAAUACGAGUCGAACUUUUUCUCACCAUUUGGUCCAAAUUUUGCUCUGCGUGUGCAUGGGGUUAAUUGUUCAUGCAAGUGUAGCAGAAUCUCAAAGAGCAAUCGGGUGGAGAUCGAGAGGGAAGAAAAAUUCCCGUUGCUCAGCAUGAUUUGUGCAUGGAACUGGAUGGUAGUGCCUGGAUGCAGCUGGAUUUCGAACUGGCACUGUUGGCAUCGUCGAAAAUCGGUAUUCUUCCAUGUGAUUCUUCUGCUCCAGCCCUUGUGUGGAGAUUAUGCUUGCUGUGUGUGCUCUUUUCUGCAAUUCCUCUGAACCUAGAAACUAGUUUCACAGGAUUUGUUUUGCUUUCUCUACACUUGUGUUUUUCUCUUUACUUCUGUUGUUGAGCAAACAAAUAGGUCAGAUGAAUUCUUCUUAAUCCCUUUUAGAGACAUUUUGUAUUUUGGAAUUUGUAGAAUAGUUGUAAGAAUUGAAUUGGGAGCAUGAAAGUUGGAAAAUUGUAUGAAUGGUGUGGAGAACUUUUUAUGAGAAAAUUCACAUUGCUAAAGAGUGUUAAAAGUAUAGUCAAGACUUGUUAUUCAUUAUUUCUUUAUAGAACUCAAGGUGAUUUCUUUUAACAACA